AUGGUAGUCAUUCGAGUUUGCAAAGAUCUUCUUGGUCGAGGUGGAUUACUAAAUUUCCCAUUCUUGUGUUUACCGAGAUCUAAUAAUGACAUUAAUGUGCUGGAGGCAUCCCAUCUUUUUGCUAAUCUUGCUGAAGGUAUUGCUCCUUCUGCUAAUUAUGUUAUUAAAGGAAAAGAGUAUAAUAUGGGUUAUUAUUUAGCUGAUGUUGCAAAAUUAAGGGGAUGCAUCAACCAAAUUGAAAAUAAAAAUCCAAGUGAUGCUUCACAAGAAGAUAUUUUAAAUCAAGCGAAAGAUGUUAUUAGCCAAGAAAAAAAAUAUAGCAGAGGCUUUAAAUUUGAUCAUGUGUGGCCCAUCCUCAAACACAUUCAGAAAUUUACAAGUGAUGACAACAUCAAUGCACCAAGUAGAUUCCAACAAGAUGGUCCUAAUUUUACUUCGUCCAAAUCAUCAUCUCACAAUUUCGAUUCUCCAACGUCAGCAUCCACCGGUAUGAGUUCAUUUGAUCUUAAUAUAAAUAAUGAGGAAAUCAUUACUAAUUCAACUGAAAGACCUAUUGGUGUGAAAAAAGCAAAGGCAAAACAAUUAGGUGAUGAUCAAUUUAACAAACUAAUGGAACAAAGUAAAAAACUCGUUCAAGUUAUUGAAAAGAGUAACACAGAUAGAAAUGAACCUCAUAAAAGAAAUGUUGAAGAUAAAAUUUUAUUCACAGAUUUAGAUUCUAUAUUCGAUCCAGAGUUUCGCCAGUACAUUCAAAGCGAAAAAAGAAGAAUUUACAGAGAAAAAGCACGAACAUCCGAAGUUGGAGAACAAGGAGAAUGA